UGACAACAAUGAGCUGAAAGAUCCCGCCGAGCAUCAAACGAAUUCCCUCCCUGGGCCAUUCGGAAGCGAACCCGCCAUAUUGCGGACCCUCGAUCGGCGGACCCUCACUCAGGGCUGUCCACGGCUGCUCGGGUGCCUGUGGUGGCCGAGCUCUCAGGGCAUGCGAGGGCGUGUCAAGUCGGCUGGCCACUGCGUGUGCUGGAGGUGCGUGGGCGGGCCGGAUGAAGGCGACACACGCGAGCUGACACGCGUUCUGUAGGCAGGGUUUAGGGUUCUGUAGGGGUGUGCCAGUCAAAAGAUGGGAGCCCAUCCGUCCUUUCUUACGUACCUGCAGGGCGCCGUCGUCAUGGUGUGUGCGUCGUGAACUGCAGAGUCCAUACGAAUACCGCACAGUCACAACCACUGGAGCUCCAUCAAGCUCCUUCCCAAAUCUUGCAGCAGCGGUUUCAUGGAGCACCCUAGGCGGCCUGACGCCAAGUCCUUUGUCGGUCUCCACGGAGAUCUUGGGAUUGCGAGCGUUGCCCCAUUUCAAGACCAUGAUUGCCUUCGCGACAGAAGUGAAAUACACGUUCUUGACGGUCGGCAUGAGAUAAUGUGGUAUGAGAUAGACCGUCUGUCUGUCUUCUCUAUGUAUUCGUGAACGCACAAACGAAGCAAAGGAUCUCCAUGCACAUGCACAUAUGAAUGGUUGUGCUGUCUGUGCUGCAGCACUCCGUCAUCGCAGCGGCCGUCGGCAGCUUUGCCUUCCUCAGGCCGACCGUCUUUGUGACCCUCUUCGGCAAGGCCCAGUCUGAUGCGCCGCAGAUGCAACUGAUUACUGACCUGUCACAGCUGUACGGUGCCAUGUCUAUGGCCCAGGCCGUCCUCACCUUCACGUUCGCGACCCACAGCGACACCCUCGUGUCCUGUGGCGCCAAGAGAUGGAUCUGCGGAGCAUACGCGCUGUUCUGCUGGCUGUCCGAGAGCGUGUGCCUCAAGGCGCUGUUGCUGACCAAGAGCAGCCACGAUGUGAGUGGAUGGGCUACUGCUGUUGCCUUUGCGCUGCUGGGCGUCAUGUAUGUAUAUCAUGCGGUGAUUGAGGGUGUCGGGCGGCGCAGGAAGGGAAGCACGGCACGCCCACGCACGUCCCAGUAUUGUGAAGCCGACUGACGGGCUGCUC